GCCCCGAGUGGCGGUUGUUUCAAGAUGGCGGACGUGGCGGGCCCCUCCCGCCCGGGCGCCGCGGCGUUCUGGAGCCGGGACUUUUCUGAUGAAGAACAAUCAGUAGUAUAUGUUCCAGGAACGUCUACAGAAGAAAAUAUCAGAUCAAGACACAAGUUGCUGAGUCCAAAAGCUAAUCUUAAACUUAAGACUUCCAAGGUGAAUGCUGCCUCAGUGUCCAUGGAAUCUUUAAAAGGUGCAGGAGAUGCAAUAGAUGAACAGAAUUUCUGCACAGGUGGAAUAAAGAGUGCAUCACUGAAGGAUUUAUGUCUGGAAGACAAAAGACGCAUUGCAAACUUAAUUAAAGAACUGGCCAGAGUAAGUGAGGAAAAGGAAGUUACAGAAGAAAGACUCAAAGCUGAGCAGCAAUCAUUUGAGAAGAAGAUCAGGCAGUUGGAAGAACAGAAUGAACUGAUCAUCAAAGAAAGGGAAGCUCUUCAACUGCAAUAUAGAGAAUGCCAAGAACUUUUAAGCCUAUAUCAGAAAUACCUAUCAGAACAGCAGGAGAAGCUCACCAUGUCUCUCUCAGAACUUAAUGCUGCUAGAAUGCAGAAACAACAGGUAUCCAAUAAGAAAAGUACUCUUCAGUCUUCGUCUAUGGAACUAGAAGGUUCCUACAUAAGUGUAGCCAAACCACAGAGCUAUCAAACCAAGCAGAGACCUAAAUCUGCAAACCAGGGGUCAGCUUCAGAAUCCUUUAUGGAGUUUAGGAAUAAUUCUUUGAAACCAGUGGUCCUUAAUUAUCCCAAAGAGGACCUGAACAGGGUACUGUCAGAGAGCAGAACAUGUAAUUGUGGAUCCCCUGGCAAAAAAAUAGUAGAUGCAGUCCCUUCAGAGAAGACUCUACCAGAGGACCUGAAAAUGAAGGGAUGUCCAUAUCUUAACCAUACUCUAUCAAGUCAGUGUUAUGGUCACAGACUUUCUGAAAAUGCAGAUCAUGUUCAUGAGAGCCAUUCUGCAAAUAUAGCCCCUCAGUAUUCCAAGACACAUCUGGAAUCAUGCAAUUAUUGUGGACUUUCAUGGGCAUCUCUGAUGCAUGACCAAGGGGCACUACAACCUAGUGAAGAAACUGACAUCAAAAAUCAACUUUCAGAAGAUAGAAGACAGCAACUUAUGCUUCAGAAAUUGGAACUAGAAAUUGAAAAGGAACGCCUUCAGCAUCUGCUAGCCCAGCAGGAGACAAAGCUUCUCCUAAAACAGCAGCAACUUCAUCAGUCUCGCCUGGAUUACAAUUGGUUAAGAACUCAAGCUGCGUUUACAUCAAGAGAACUGGUUGCUGAUAAAGAAUUUACUAAACCCAGAGAGCUCAAUCUGGAUAUGAAUGGGAGUGACUCUGGACCAAGUCUAUUGACAUCAAAAUGUGAUGGCUGGCUGCUUGGAUCACCAUCCAUCAAAAAAUACCAAGAUGCCUCUAGCAAUGGGGAGAAUAAGCGGGAGAAGAAGACAGUUGGGUUUCAGUCACCUGUGGAAGAUAACGCCCUGUGGACAUGUCAAAAGAAAGAUACAUAUAGACCCCAAAAAGGAACAAUGACAGGAGUUAGAAAAGAUGCAUCUACAUCUCCUAUGACAACAGGAAGCCCAAAGGAACUUGUAACCACAACUGCAUCAUCAUUCCAACAGGAUACCUCCCGGUAUGAGACAUCUCUGUUGGAUUUCGUUCAAUCUCUGAGCCCAAAAUCUGCUCUCAAAUCUCAGACCCAUCCCUCCAGACAGGCCGGGGCCUGGAAUCAUGGUAUUUGCCAAUCCAGAUCUCUAAAAUCAACCUGGAACAAGAUGGGGAUAAGCAAGACCCCUGAAGACCUGGAGGAGAAUCAAAUUCUGGAGGAUAUCUUUUUCAUUUGACACUGAAGUAUAUGCUGCAAAACUUCCAUCAGAAAUGCAUGGAUUUUUUUAUAUACUGAUCCAGGAUUUUAAAUUAUUUGAUUGCAAAGUAAUAGUGUCUCUCCUUUCACAGGACCUGUCUCACUAGCAUCCUAUUAGAUAUUGAAUAUGUAAAUCAUUCUAACAACCCAGGGUGUUUUUGAUCAGACCAAUCAGUAGAUAGCACAUUAAGGGGGGUGGGGGGAGCUGAGGGCACAAUCUUUUUCUAUGCCCAGUAGAGAGUAGAAAACUAAUAUAGGACUUUUUCUGCAAGGCAGAGGCCCAUUUACAUUCUCCCUCAUUUCAAAAGUGUUUCCUUCUCAGUAUUUUGCUGGAAAAGGUCGGUUCUCUUUUGUGCAUAAGGAAAAGCUUUCUACUAAAAGAUUUCUCUCAUUUAAACAUAGCCCUUUUAUAACAAAAGUAAUUUCAGGAAGACAGGCCCUUUUACAUCUCCACCCUGUUCUCACACCACCUACCUCUCUCUAAGUGUAGUCACUUAAUUCUGAAAUUAGAGUUAGUGCCCCUACCAUCACAAAAACACUGAGGGCCAAUCUUGAGUCAGAGUCAGUAGUCAUCAGCUGUCCAUCAUCCGACCUAAAGGGCUCUGUGAGCUGGCAGAGGGACCCAGCCAGCCCUCAGAACUGGCAUUACGUAACACUACUGAAUGUCUGCCCUCAGGAAAUCCAAUGGAGGCACAGCUUGCAAUACUUUUCCUACCAUUCUUCCACUUCCCAAGAUAAAUAGGGGGCAUCUCUUGAUGUUUUUUAUCGACCCCCAUGGGUGUUUUAUUCACCCUUCGAACUUCCCAUGCCCGUAUCCAGGGCAGAUGCCACUAGAGAGAGAGUAGUAUCCAGCUGCUGCAACCUGACAGUUUUUCCUGGCCCCUCCCUCUCACUCCAUGAGGCUGUGCUGGCUUGGCCAGGCCUUGAAUGUGCUCUGCUCAGGGCCACCAUCCCAGUGCUCCAAAGAACUAUCUCUACUUGCUUUUGCUCCACCUCCCACCAGUUUCCCUUCUUUCCCACUGGGCUUCACUGUGACCCCAAGAAAGCCGUGGAAGAAAUACAAUUGAGACCCUAUUCUUUCUCUGUUCUCCUAGUCAGCUGAGCUCUGGAAAUGGGUUCUUCAGUUUACAGUGGACUCUAGUGACCCCUCAAGCUGAUGGAGAGUACGAUGAGCCUACUUGAACUAGUGAGUUUCAAACUUUCCAGCUAUUGAAAGUGAGGGGAAGAUGUGUCUCCAGAUACAUCUUGAUGACUUUGAUAUGGCAGGUGUUGCUUUUUUCUCUUUUACCAACCUCAGACUUGAACUGGGACUGGGACUUUUUGUCAUUCAGUAUUGGGAGGCACGGUCAGACCACCCAGAGCAGCCUGUACCUAGUAAACCUGCAUGGCUGCCCUGAAUUCUGUAUCAAAACUAGAUUAUUUCAGCUUACAAGCACCUUACUGAGCAACUUCCUUGUCUGGACAGAUCUAAGUCUCAUUGUCUCUGUCAGUCCGGGGCCCUGUCUUCUCCCAGUAUUUCUCUUGGGUCUUUUCGUUCUUUUAAGAGAGAAGAAUGGGCCCUACCAAUACCGUAUUCAUCUGAAAUAAUUGUAAGGAUACGACUAACCAGUUGUGGUUAUUCACUUAAAAAGUUGAACACUGUUGCAGAUUAUAAUAGCCUUUUCAAGUUCACCCCUGUGAGAGUAACUAAAUUAUUUUCACCUCAUUUCAGAAAGCCUUUGGAAAAUAAGACUUUCUUUGGUGUAACAAAAAUAGGUGCAAGCAAACUAAAAGCCCUCAACAAUUUCUCAAAGUUAGGUUUCAGAGCUAUCUUUCCCUUGCCUCCUGUGUCAUAACCACUUUAAGUCCAUGCAACUUCCUUCAAUCAUCCAUAACUGUCCAUAACAUAACUGAAUGCCAGUGUCCUAACUGCUCUCCAGAGUAAGAGGAUGCUGGAAGGACCAAGAAACAGAUUAUGAUUUCUUCAAGAAGCUUGUUUGCCUUUUGAGGAAUCAUAAGCAGUAUCUAAACUAAAGGCUCUUGUGGAAUCACAUGCCAUAGCAGAGAGUUUAAUUGCUUCUUUAACUCCCCCUAAAUAAGCAAUUUGAAAGAACAAAGAUGAAUUUUCAACAGAACGCCAAUCAACAUAUUUUUUACUUACCACAUUGCCUCACUAGUUUCUUUUCUCUAUCCUGUGGGUGUCAGGACAGUUGGCUAUGAAUCUAUGUUCAUUCUAACACCUUCAUUAUGAAUUGAACAGUAUAUAUUGAAAUUUUAAUCUGUGUCAUACUUGGGAUAUAUAUAUAUAUAUAUAUAUGAAUGAAAAGGUUCUUGUAGAGCGUUGAGGCUAUUGUAGAGCCUGGAGGCUUAACCUAAUUGCAAACUAAGCCACUAAUAAAAAGAGAGGCACAAAAGAAUUUGCCUUUCCCUCUGUGAAGUUUGCUCAAUAGUGGCUGCUUUCCUAAAGCUAGACUGGACACAAAAUGGGGAUGAGGCCAUAACAUCACCUAUCCUGCUACACACCAUUCUGUGAGAGAGAAAAAUCAGUGUUCGCAAAAUGGAAAAUGAUAAAGUAUGUCCACUGAAGCUCCUAAGUAGGUCCAAAGUGCUUGAUUUAGAAAACCAAGGUUAAUCAAGGAAAAGCUUUUGCUGACAGUUGCCCUUCCAGGAGGCACAUUUGUGUUUAUCUCAACCUGACCUCCAUGGUGGGAACUUUCCUGGAGCACCCCAAGGGACUCUGUCCUUCUUCAGAGCCAUUGUUUUCUCUGAGCCCCGCCAAGACCAUGGUUCAUUGGAAAGAUUUACUGAUAAGAGAAUCUGGAAAGGGCCAGGCUUAAAGGAGCAGAGCCAGAUACAGUCUGCAGUCACUAGGGAGAUGGAGGCUACAACAGACUCCUCCCAGCUGACACUUUAUCCUCACCUGUUUGCGCUACUUUUAAUGUGGGCAACUGUUUAUAUAUGUGCGAGAUUUUAAGUUAAUAAAUUAUGUCUAUGGCUAUCUUCCCCACGUGGUUUUGAUAUUGAAUUGUCCUUUGAGCAUCUGUCAUCUGAUCAAUUGGGAAUAACUUGAAAUAAUAACCAAAAGCUGAGGGUUAUCAAACUACUAUUUUCCUCAGUACCUGUUAAAUCAGCGGAGCUUGUGGUCAACUGAAAGAAAGGAUAUGGUUUGUCACAUCCUAAUAGUUUUUCCUGGCUAACUCCCGCUCACCUGGACACCAACCCUCCUCUAGGUUGUGUGAAGGCUGAAGUGAAAGGUUUAACCUUCUGAGUUCCUUCCAUGUGUCCGUCCUCAAAACUGCUCAACCAGGAAGAAAUACCACAGCACUUUGAAAGAUGAAAAAAUGGUAUGCCUGGUUGACUUUAGUGUUGGGAGAAUGUAGGUGAGGGCUUGAGUGCCUGAAAUGCCCAUCACACCUGUGGAUGCAACCAAGACAGCCAGAGACCCUAUGGUCCCCUGGUCCCAAGUCAGUCAGGACCUAAGCAAAAUCUGCAGAUGCCUCUCAGAGGCAGAGGUGGCAAGGGCAGAAUCAUCUAGUUGAUCCCAAGCUAAAAAUGAGGUACGUAAAGUUUGUCCCAGUUGCCAUAAGGUUAUCUUUGAGUCAAAGAACAUAGCUAGCAAUGAGUGGGGUGAGAGUUCACAGAGGAAGAAUGACCUGACUAGAGAACCAGUUUCAUAAAUAAGCAACCAGUUUCUCAGAGUCGCUGUUCCAGCAUGUUGUGCCUGAGGCACUAGGCUCCAUUUCAUGCAGAAAAGGGAUUAUCUAACCUCUCAGGCUUCAUAACUAACUUCAUAAUGAAGACUGUUAUAGCCCUAGUUAAGAGCUCUUCUGAAAAGACAGUGGCCAAAAUGAGGGUGAUGCUUAUUGGCGCUAAGGAGGAAGGAAAUGGUAGAUACACUAGUAAAACCAGAAGGCACUGGUACCUGGAGUUUAGUAGGAAUGAAUUAAAUCAUAUGUUGCCAAAGGGACAGCCAAAUCCCUUUUCUGUGACCUGUCAAAGCCCAAGGUUUGUCAAAGCCUAAGGGCAUGCUCUUGUCCAGCUCUUGGCCAGCUGAGUGCAUCCCUUGGGUGUCCAGCAGUGCAUAAAAGUGUCAUUGACCUAGGGAAGCAGUUAACAACUUGAGCUAUGGAAGCAAAUAGACCUUUGUUAGAUCUCAGUUAUACUGCUUGCUAGCUGCAUGAUCUUAAGCAAAACCACACUGACCACACUGAAGUUUCUUAAUCUAUAAAAUGGGAAUGCAUUUCUCAUAGGAUGGUCAUGCGGGUGAAAUUCAAUGAGAUACUGUAUGUGAAGGAUCUAGGUGUAUUAUCUGACACGUGCAGGGUGCCCCACUGCUAAGGACUCUCUGUAGCACCAUUUAUUCCUCAGUAAGCUUACAUACUAAACAAAAGACGAAGCUGCAUACUUAAAAAUUUUUAAUAAUAAUUGAAAUAAGAAUCAUCACAGUAAAUUUUCCAGUGACUGGUGAGACGCCAUAAAUGUAAUGGUUUCAGAAAAGCAAAUUGCUAGGCUAAGUUUACUUAGGCUUCAUGGGAGGAGAGAAAGGAAGAGGGUUUGAAAGAGCAUCUAAGACGGAGUGGCAGAGCCUGAGUUUAUUGAUAAGAGAGCACAGAUGUGUUUUGAAAGGAUGGGGUCGUGACUAGUAGGUGAGGCUCUAGAAGAGAAGAUGUGGAAAUAAGCUGAGAGAAGUGUGUUGGGUCCAAUUUGUGAUGAAUAGUGAAUGUCAGGCAAUGGGGUUCUACUGUUCAAGAAAUGAAAAACCAUAGACUAUUUUGGAAUGACUUGUUUAGAACUGUCUACCUAGCAGUAGUGUCAGACUAUUUGAGGGAAUGGGAUAAGGAAGGGAAGGAAACUCGUCUAUUGAGUGCCUACUAAGCAUUAGGCAAGAUCCAGAUACCUUAUUUCUUUUAAUCCACAGAGCAACCCUUUUAAAAGGUGGCAGAAUUCCCAUAUUUAUAUGCACAACACAUACAUCUGUGCUUAAUAAAAAUGGGUGGAUACCGACUGGGAGAAAAUUUUUGCACUCAACACUAAUGAUAAAGAACUGAUCACAAAAUUCUAUAAAGAGCUGAUGAGACUCAACAAAAACAAAGAAAAUAAUCCAGUCAAAAAAUGGGCAGAAGAGCUAAAAAGAAACUUCUCCAAAGAGGAAAUACAAAUGGCCACCAGGCAUGUGAAAAAAUGUUCAACGUCACUUGCAAUCAGGGAAAUGCAAAUCAAAACUACCAUGAGAUACCAUCUUACACCAGUGAGAAUGGCACAUAUUAAAAAAAACUAGCAACAACAAAUGUUGGCGAGGAUGUGGAGAGACAGGAACUCUCCUGCACUGUUGGUGGGAGUGCAAACUGGUCCAACCACUGUGGAAAGCUGUGUGGAGAUUCCUCAACCUACUAAAGAUAGAGCUUCCAUAUGAUCCAGCAAUUCCACUCCUAGGUAUUUACCCAAAGGACACAGAAACAUUAAUUCCAAGGAGCACCUGCACCCCUAUGUUUAUAGCAGCACUAUUUACAAUAGCUAAGCUUUGGAAACAAUCCAAAUACCCAAAAAUAGAUGACUGGAUCAAGAAGAUGUGGUACAUAUACACCAUGGAAUAUUACUCAGCAGUCAAAAAAAGAUAAACUCAUGCAAUUUGCAGCAACAUGGAUGGAGCUGGAAGGGAUCAUGCUCAGCGAAAUAAGCCAGAAAGAAAAAGAAAAAUACCGGAUGGUCUCACUCAUAACAGGA